AUGCAACAGUCGGGGCAUGUCCCCGGCUUGACGGACCGGCGAUACGAGGGGGUUAUUGCAACAUACCGGGCCGACAAAGGCUUCGGAUUUAUCAGGUGCUCGGAGCUACGGCAAAAGUUCCCAGAGAAGGACGUGUUCCUACACGGGAAGCAGCUGGGCGCCUUCAAGGAGGGCGACGCCGUCUCCUUCGCGAUAUUUCUCAACAGAGACGGCAAGCCGCAGGCCACUGAUUUGACCUACUUAAACGGCGACGGCAUGCAGCAGCAGCAACAGCAGCAGCAUCAGCAAGGCAUGCUGCAGGGAAUGCAGCAUCAGGGCAUGCAGAUGCAUCAGGGAAUGCACCCUGGCAUGCCUUGCAUGGGUCAUCCCGCUCAAGCAGGUAGCAUGAUGGCUCAAAUCGCGCCGCCACCUCAUCAGGCAAUGCCUGACGAGGAUGUGCAGGAGGUGGAGGUUCCCAAAGAGUUCGUCGCGAAGCUGACGAGCGAGGGAGGAAGACUUCACGAGCUGAAGCACAUGGCGGGUUCGGACAUCACUAUCACCUUUCAGACGCGACCUGAGCUGGUCAACAAAGCGGUGGCCAUCAUCCGGGGUCCAAAGGUUAGCGCAAGCCUUGGGGCCAUUCUUCUGAUGCAGGAACUGAGCGAGCUGAUUCAAAUACCAGUUUGCCGCUUGACGUGA